AAGUCCUUCACCCAGCGCAUUCCGCCGCCCGCAGGCUUGCGGGGAAACUUCCUUAUUAUUGUGACGCCGAAAACCGAGAAAGCCCGAGCCCAGCCUGAGGGGCCGUGACAGGCGGAAUCCCACGCUGCGGUUCGGCGGCUGCCGAGAUCUACAAGGUGUGGUGGAACACUUCUGGUCUCAAUGCUGAGUGUGUGAUGUGUGGCUACAUGACUCCCUGAAAGAGAAGAACAAUGUUAUGUUGGGGAUAUUGGUCGUUGGGCCAACCUGGUAUCAGCACCAACCUGCAAGGCAUUGUGGCUGAGCCACAGGUGUGUGGAUUCAUAUCUGACAGAAGCGUCAAGGAAGUGGCCUGCGGAGGAAACCACUCCGUGUUCCUGCUGGAGGGUGGGGAAGUUUACACGUGUGGUUUGAACACCAAGGGGCAGCUGGGCCAUGAGAGGGAAGGAAACAAGCCAGAACAAAUUGGAGCUUUGGCAGAUCAGCACAUUAUUCACGUGGCCUGUGGUGAGUCCCACAGUCUGGCCCUCAGUGACCGGGGCCAGCUGUUCUCUUGGGGUGCAGGGAGUGAUGGUCAACUAGGACUCACGACUACUGAGGAUUCUGUAGCAGUGCCCAGGUUAAUACAAAAGCUGAACCAGCAGACAAUAUUACAAGUUUCCUGUGGCAACUGGCAUUGCUUGGCUCUUGCAGCUGAUGGCCAGUUCUUCACAUGGGGAAAGAACAGCCACGGGCAGCUGGGGCUGGGGAAGGAGUUCCCUUCCCAAGCCAGCCCGCAAAGGGUGCGGUCCCUGGAGGGGAUCCCGCUGGCUCAGGUGGCUGCUGGAGGGGCUCACAGCUUUGCCCUGUCUCUCUCAGGAGCUGUGUUUGGCUGGGGGAUGAAUAAUGCAGGCCAGCUAGGGCUCAGUGAUGAAAAAGAUCGAGAGUCUCCAUGCCAUGUAAAACUCUUACGUACCCAGAAAGUUGUCUAUAUUAGUUGUGGAGAAGAACACACAGCAGUUCUCACAAAGAAUGGUGGUGUGUUUACUUUUGGUGCUGGUUCCUGUGGGCAGCUUGGACAUGACUCCAUGAAUGAUGAAGUUAACCCAAGAAGAGUUCUAGAGCUGAUGGGUAGUGAAGUAACUCAGAUUGCUUGUGGGAGACAACACACCCUAGCUUUUGUGCCUUCUUCUGGACUCAUCUAUGCAUUUGGUUGUGGAGCAAGAGGUCAACUCGGAACUGGACACACUUGUAAUGUUAAGUGCCCAUCUCCUGUCAAGGGUUACUGGGCUGCUCACAGUGGCCAGCUUUCAGCCCGACCUGAUCGCUUUAAAUAUCAUAUUGUUAAGCAGAUCUUCUCUGGAGGAGACCAAACUUUUGUACUUUGCUCCAAAUAUGAGAAUUAUUCUCCUGCUGUUGACUUCAGGACUAUGAACCAAGCACAUUAUACCAGUUUAAUCAAUGAUGAAACCAUAGCAGUCUGGAGGCAAAAACUCUCAGAACACAACAACGCGAAUACAAUCAAUGGUGUUGUUCAGAUAUUAUCUUCUGCAGCCUGUUGGAAUGGAAGUUUUCUUGAAAAAAAAAUUGAUGAACAUUUUAAAACAAGUCCCAAAAUCCCUGGGAUUGACCUGAACUCAACUAGGGUGUUAUUUGAGAAGUUAAUGAACUCUCAGCACUCCAUGAUUCUAGAACAGAUCUUAAACAGCUUCGAAAGUUGCCUGAUCCCCCAAUUGUCAAGUUCACCACCAGAUGUUGAAGCAAUGAGAAUCUAUUUAAUAUUACCUGAGUUUCCCCUGCUCCAGGAUUCCAAGUAUUACAUAACGUUGACUAUUCCCUUGGCUAUGGCCAUUCUGCGGCUGGAUACAAACCCCAGCAAAGUAUUAGAUAACUGGUGGUCUCAGGUAUGCCCGAAGUAUUUCAUGAAGCUAGUGAACCUUUAUAAAGGUGCAGUCCUGUAUCUACUGAGGGGAAGAAAGACAUUCUUAAUUCCUGUACUGUUUAACAACUAUAUUACAGCCGCUCUCAAGCUCUUGGAGAAGUUAUAUAAGGUAAAUCUUAAAGUGAAGCAUGUGGAAUAUGAUACAUUCUACAUCCCUGAGAUUUCCAGCCUUGUGGACAUUCAGGAAGACUACCUCAUGUGGUUCUUGCAUCAAGCAGGGAUGAAGGCUAGACCAUCUAUAAUACAGGAUGCUGUAACACUUUGUUCCUACCCUUUCAUCUUUGAUGCUCAAGCCAAGACCAAAAUGUUACAGACUGAUGCUGAACUGCAGAUGCAGGUGGCAGUCAAUGGAGCCAACUUGCAGAAUGUCUUCAUGCUUCUCACCUUGGAGCCUCUGCUGGCCAGAAGCCCCUUCCUGGUCCUUCACGUUCGCAGGAACAACCUCGUUGGAGACGCCCUGAGAGAGCUGAGCAUUCAUUCUGACAUUGAUCUGAAAAAGCCCCUCAAAGUCAUCUUUGAUGGUGAAGAAGCAGUAGAUGCUGGUGGCGUCACAAAAGAAUUCUUUCUUUUGUUGUUAAAAGAACUUCUGAAUCCCAUCUAUGGAAUGUUUACCUACUAUCAAGAUUCAAAUCUUUUGUGGUUUUCAGAUACGUGUUUUGUAGAGCACAACUGGUUUCACCUAAUUGGCAUAACCUGUGGACUAGCCAUCUACAACUCUACUGUGGUCGAUCUCCAUUUCCCAUUGGCACUCUACAAGAAGUUACUGAAUGUGAAGCCUGGCCUGGAGGACUUAAAGGAGCUGUCACCCACUGAAGGAAGGAGUCUUCAGGAGCUUUUAGAUUACCCUGGGGAAGAUGUGGAGGACACUUUCUGCCUCAACUUCACGAUCUGCCGAGAAAGCUAUGGAGUGGUGGAACAGAAGAAGCUGAUCCCCGAGGGCGACAGAGUGACUGUGUGCAAGGACAACAGGCAGGAAUUCGUGGAUGCUUAUGUGAAUUAUGUCUUCCAAAUCUCAGUUCACGAGUGGUACACAGCCUUCUCCAGUGGCUUCCUAAAGGUGUGUGGUGGCAAAGUCCUUGAGCUCUUCCAGCCUUCAGAACUGAGGGCCAUGAUGGUGGGGAGCAGCAACUACAACUGGGAAGAACUGGAGGAGACUGCCAUUUAUAAGGGUGAUUAUUCAGCUACACAUCCCACUGUGAAGCUAUUUUGGGAAACAUUUCAUGAGUUUCCACUGGAAAAGAAGAAAAAGUUUCUCUUGUUCCUGACAGGCAGUGAUCGGAUUCCCAUCUACGGCAUGGCCAGCCUGCAGAUCGUCAUCCAGUCCACAGCCAGCGGGGAGGAGUACCUGCCUGUGGCUCACACUUGCUACAACCUUCUGGACCUCCCCAAGUACAGCAGCAAAGAGGUUCUGUGUGCACGGCUGACCCAGGCCCUUGACAACUAUGAAGGGUUUAGUUUGGCCUGACUUGCCCCAGCUUGUCCUGCCUUUCCCUUCCUUCCUCAGUGUCCACAUUGAGGCGUAUACAGAAAAUCAUGGGGAGCGAUUUCUAUUUUUUUACUGUCUGAGGGGGUUGAGACUUUUGAAUCCUGAACCUGGUUGAUGGGUUUCUGGGAUUAUAAGAUAGUAAACAACCCUUUUGAAAAAAAUUAGGGGUUGGAGAUAGGGUGAAAAACUGGCUCUUGUAUGGGAGGUGUUUUUUUUUUUUUUUUAAACCAAACUACCCAGUGUUCCUUGCAUUUGUGAGUAUGUCCCAUUCUGCUGGAUAAAAUCGCAGUGGAUUUUUAAAGUUUGAUUUCACAAAUGUCUCGCUCUGCCCUGAUGUUUCUCAUUCCUCUGCAAGGAUGGUUUUGACUGACCAGUAGGUGCAGACCCUCUCCUUUCUCUGCAGCCUUAAAUGCCCCUGGCAUGUUGCAGUCCCACUCUAGCCCCAAAGGGGGAAAGGACUACUCCAGAAACUCCCAAGUCCAAACAGCUGAGUCUGGAUGCAUUACUCUGGCCGGACUCUUGCGAAUUUAUAGGAGCCUUUGUAAGCAUGUCUUGCUCUAAAGAAAAAACGGUUCUUGAGGGAAUAGCAACCUUCCCAUGGCUGUGCCUGUUUCCUAGACCUUUUCAGAGAUGAGCAGGACAGCUUAGAGCUGCAGCUGAGCCUAACUUUGUUUCCUUGCUCAGCCACAUCACUUUGACAAUAAGGUGAACUGAUAAGCCGCCCUCUAUUCCUUCUGUUAUCUCUCUUUUGAAGCAAGUUGCAUUAUUCGGAGUCUCUAUAUUGUCCGAGAAAAGUAGAAAUAAUAAAUUUCGUGUCCCUUUCUCUUACCGUUUUAUAUCAUCCACCGUUUUCUCUUUCCUCCUUUGCCUCCCCUCCUUCCUCCCUUCCUGCACUUUCCUCUCUUUGUCACUCUGCCCCAUCCUUUGUUACUUGACUUGAUGGUCCUUUUCUCUCCUAGUGGAUGCAUGCAGUCUUUUUUUUUUAAAUUUUUAUUUAAAUUGCAAAAUUUCUACUCAUAUUUUCUUUUCCUUUUCCCUAAUUGCUAAGACGUAAGGACAUUCUUUAUUAUGGAACUUUGUUUAUCACAUUUCAAAUGUUUGUUUACAGUGGGAUUUUAGGGGAGAUUGUGUUUAAAUCAAAUAUAUGUUUCUCAAAAAUAAUGACAUGCUCAACCUUCCUCAUCAUGGGAUAAGAAAAUUCUAGAUGAUUAAAGAAGUCAUGUAAGGCUAAUUUUAAAUUCCUAGUAACUAGAGAAAAGACUUAUUUAUACAAAAUGGAAUAUUUAUGAACCAUGACCUAGCAUCAAAUCUCAAUG